AUGAGUGUCCACACAGCCCACUCGAUCCACUCGAGCCAUUCGAACCACAGCGCCGUAACAGCCAGUACACGAGUAGCACAACCCAGCGCAGGCAACGCAACAAUCACCGAACUCCGCGAACAAAUCAUCGCCGACGCCCGAAUGCUCUACCCAGACAUUUUCAAGCGAUAUCUCAGCGGCAAAGGUCUAAUACAAGGACCCGUCCGUCGGGAAGAAAUCUUCGAUAUUGUCAUCAUCAGGAAACCUAGCGCGCAAGGAAUCACGGCUGUGUUGGUUUAUGGGAGGCCCGAGAGUAGGAGGACUGCGUUGCAGAGUGAGGAGAAGAGGUCUUAUUUUGACGCUAUGGAGAGUUUGUUGCUUUGCUUGGCUGGGAAUUUGGGGGAGAAGAGUAGGAUUGAGAGGGAUGGUAAUAGACCGCGUUAUCGAUGGGAGCUUAUUAGGAUUAAGGGAAAGGAUAUUGGGUUGAUAGGGAGAGGGGGAAAGGAGGCGGAGGAUGUUCUGCUGCUUCCUUAG